AAAGAAAAGGGAAAAAGUGGGGGGUGGGGGGUUUGUGGGUAUCCGCAAUCUGGUGAGUGCAUAUUCUCACAUUUCCAAACCAAUAUAGCCUAUGAAUCAAUAAUUGUUUAAACAGUCGGUGGUACUCUCGGCGCCGGACGGUUUCGACCAUUAUCUAAUCAUGGGAGCUGCUUGGGGACGGUGGUCCAAAUUAGCCGCUAUAGUGGCGGUGGUGGCCAUUCUUAGACAAUUAGGGAAGACAUACGGAUGGGAAUUUGAUAGAGAUGCGGCUCUCAAGGUUUUCACCCAAUGGUCUGAUCGAUUGGGGGUAUGGGCCAUGCCUGCCUAUGUCGGCAUCCAUACCUUCACACUUGCUCUCUGUUUGCCUUAUGCCGUCUUCUUCGAAGCCACUGCUUCUUUGCUUUUCGGUUUCUUCCCUGCCGUCAUUUGCGUUUUCUUUGCCAAGGUCCUUGGGGCUUCCCUCUCCUUCUGGAUCGGCAGGUUACUUUUUAAGAAUUCAAGUUCAGCUAUGGAGUGGGCACAGAGGAAUAAAUAUUUCCACCUUCUUUCUAGAGGAGUAGAGCAAGAUGGUUGGAAAUUUGUCCUUCUUGCUCGCUUUUCACCUAUUCCCUCAUACGUUAUAAAUUAUGCUCUUGCUGCAACCAAAGUUGGGUUCUUCCUUGAUUUUCUACUGCCAACUGUAAUUGGAUGCAUGCCAAUGAUACUUCAGAACACAUCGAUUGGCAGUCUUGCUGGUGCUGCAGUUGCUUCAGCGUCGGGAUCUCAGAAAUCUCAGAUAUGGUCAUACAUUUUCCCAGUACUUGGUAUCGGAUCAAGCAUUCUAAUUUCGUGGAGGAUUAAAAAGUACUCUAGUGGACUCAAAGUGGCGGGAAGUUCUUCUAGUGAUGAAGGGAAUGACAAUGUUGACCCAUCCAAAACCAAGGAGUUUAAGAAAACUCGAUAAUCUUUAGCGAUAGACAGAUAAAGUUAAAACUUUUAGAAAAUAUACUUUCAUUCAUGCGUAGUUUUUCUGUUCUUUCUUGAGAAAUUAUUAGAUUUAUGGCAUAUUCUCCUCGUGAUUAACCCAAGUGUAGAACAUAUUAAAGUCUUCAUUUGAAUCUUAAUCACGAACUGAGAGACAGCUACUGAGAUGGCAUAUGCAAGGAGAUGGGCUCUAAUACAUUACUUACAUGGUGCAAAA